CUGAACUGUAAAUGACCGAACUGUCUGUUAUUGUGUUAUCCGGUAGGAAUUUUUUGUUAUUAUGUAAAAUAAUUUCUUUUAUUUGUAUUAUUUUAUAGGGAAGUUGUUAAAACGGUUUGCUAAUUACGAAUUCACAUUCUUUUAUAACCUGUCAUCAUGUUUAUAAUGUCUAAUCGUAUUAUCCUAUUGUUUACAAUGAGUAUAUUUUGCACCUUUAUGCAAAUAGAAGUUACUGCAGAUAAUUCGUCUAUACCAAUUGUUAUAUGGCAUGGUAUGGGUGACAGUUGUUUUGGAUAUGGUAUUGAUUAUAUAAAACAAUUAUUAAAGAAAAGUAUACCUGAAGUUUAUAUCAAAUGUGUUCAUAAAGGAUAUAAUGAAUUACAGGAUAUACAAAAUAGUUAUUUUGGAAAUAUUAAUGAUGAUGUGAAACAAGUGUGUGAAGAGAUAAAAAUGGAUAAAAAUUUACAGAAUGGUUAUAAUGCAAUUGGUUUUUCACAAGGUGCACAAUUUUUACGUGCUGUAGCUGAAAGGUGUUCAACCCCACCAAUGUUAAAUCUCAUAUCCUUUGGUGGUCAACAUCAAGGUGUUUAUGGAUUACCACGUUGUAUUGCCGUAGAUCAUAUUAUAUGCGAGUAUAUUAGAGAAGCCCUUACUUAUGGAGCAUAUGUCAAAUUUGUCCAAGAAAAAUUAAUCCAAGCAGGAUAUUGGCAUGAUCCUACAAAAGUAGAUGAAUAUAAAAGAUACAGUCUUUUUCUAGCAGACAUUAAUAAUGAAUUAAAUAUAAAUGAGACAUACAGAAAUAAUCUUAAAAACUUAGAAUCUUUAGUUUUGGUGAUGUUCGAAAAUGAUACUAUGGUACAGCCUAAAGAAUCAGAAUGGUUUGGAUUUUAUAAACCUGGUCAAAACAAAGAAGUGGAAAGUUUACAGGAAUCUAGUUUAUACAAAGAGGAUCGUCUGGGAUUAAGAGAAAUGGAUAAUUUAAAUAAAAUACAUUUUCUUUCUGUUAAGGGCAAUCAUUUAAAAUUUACAGAAGAAUGGUUCAUGGAAAACAUAGUGGACAAAUUUCUUAAAUAAGAAUAAUAAGAUUAUAACAAUAAUGUAUAUAUCUUGAUAAAAUAAGUAUUAUAGCAUUUUAUGAUGUGAUAUAAAUAUUAAUACAAUAAUACGAUAAUUAUUAUUAUCAU